AUGCUGAGGGAAUUGGUACUUGGGGUGGUGCUCGCCCUCGACGUCGUGGAAGGAUUUUCGUCGAAAUACUUGCGUUGCCAGACUAUUGGUCCUUCACCGGGCUCACCAACAGAUGGGUGCCCAAAGGGAACUGUGUAUGUAUCCCCAACAGAUAGUAGAGCACAGUACCAGAGUGUGCAAGAAGCGGUAAUAGCCAUUGGAAACAAACCAGGCAAUGCACACAUCCUAGUCGGAAGAGGAAGGUAUUUUGGUCUCGUAAAUGUGACACGUCAGUGGCCUUUGACGAUACUGGGGGAGGUCUUGAAUUCCAACUCGACAAUUAAUGCGGUUGAGGUUUGGAGCAACGUUGCCGUAAGUCCAGGACAAGACAACGCAGUUACACCCGCUCUCAUUGUGGCACCAUCAUGGAAUGCUUCGCUCAUAGGCUCCGGCCCAACGGGUGCUCCCCUGCAACCUCUAUUUGGCUCGCAAGAUUUCAAGGCCUAUAACAUGGACUUUAAUAAUCUUGCGGCUAAUCAAUCUGUCGGACCAGCCCUUGCGACUGACAUAUCGUAUGCCAACGCUUCAUUCUACGGGUGCAACUUUGCCAGUUGGCAGGAUACCUGGUAUACAGGAAGAAACGGGAGCACGUAUGUUGUGGGUGGAACGAUAAAAGGACAAACAGACUAUCUGUUUGGCUUUGGCACGGCCUGGUUUGAGAAAGUAACAUUGGCCAAUCGUGCAUGCGGAGGGGGUAUAACGGCCUGGAAGGGAACCAACGAAACAGAUGCUCCAGGAAAUCAUUAUGGGGUAUAUGUUGCCAACUCACAUAUCAUACGAUCCCCCGAUGCAAAUGCUACAACUGUUACAGAUGGAAAGUGCUAUCUUGGUCGGCCGUGGAAUGACUUGGCCACAUCCGUCUACAUAAACACAACAAUGGACAAGUCGAUCAAUUUGCAAGGAUUUACGCCAUGGGGAGGUGCUCGACCUGAUGUCCUCAACACUACAUUCUAUGCGGAAUACAACUCGAGUGGUUUAGGAUACGAUGUAUCAAAACGGCUCUCAGCUGAACAUAUUUUGACACCUGAAGAGGCAGGAAAAUUUACUAUCGAAAAAGCGCCGUCCACCUUUGAUUUGACAAAUAACUCGAUCAAGAUGUCUAAAGAUACCGAAAUGACCACCGAAGAGACUGCUACCACUCGAAGGAGCUCGAGGAUAGCAAGCCAGGCUAAACCUCCAUCGGCAGCUGCACCCCCCAAAGAGCGCAAACCCCGUGGAAAGAAACGUACUACUGAUGACAGCAAUGGCGAGGAGGCUGCUGUAGAGGUUGCUGACGAUGGAGAGACCCCAGCGUCGAAGAAGGCCAAGCCAGCGUCUAAGGCCGCAAGCAAACCUACCUCGAAGGCUGCGAAGCCUGCUUCCACGGCGGAGAAAGAAAAGCCUGCGUCCAAGGCGGAGAAACCAGAGUCCAAGGCGAAGCCCGCAUCCAAGGCAAAGCCUGCCUCCAAAGGCAAACCAGCAUCCAAGGCUAAGCCAGCAUCUAAGGCAAAGGGGGAGGAAUCAGAGGAAACCAAUGCUGAGGGCGAUGAUAAACCUGCUGAGACUGAAACCAAGGCGCCUGAUGCAUCUACCGAAACCGCUGCUCAAUCUACGGAGGCGGGUAAGGAGACUGAGGCGCCAAAGGAGGCAGAGUCCACAAAGGAGACUGGGGCUACAAAGGACGAGGAAGUUCCAAAAGAGACCGAGGCAGCCAAGGCAGUGGAGGCAGCUGCUGAAGCACCUGCAGAAGCCUCGACGUCGACUAAGGCUCUCGAAAUUGGCGAUGUUUUGCCCAAUGUUACCCUUUCCAACCACAGUGGAGAUAACAUCGAGAUUGGAACUCUUGCAAAGGAGAAGGGUGUCGUUAUUUUCGUCGUCCCCAAGGCCAACACACCGGGUUGCACCACCCAGGCAUGCGGAUUCCGUGAUAUCUACCAAGAUUUCACUGGCCUUGAUUAUGCAGUGUACUGCUUGAGCCAUGAUAGCCCCAAGGUGCAGACCUCGUGGCAAACCAAGCAAACCCUUCCUUAUCCUCUCUUGUCCGAUCCUAAGCGUACGUUGAUUGCCUUGCUCGGUGCUGGUUCCGGCAACACCACCAAGCGCAGUCACUUUGUCUUUGAAAAGGGUACUGGUAAGCUCGUAGAAAAACAGGUUGGCGUCAAGCCCGCGGACAGCCCUAAGUCUGCCCUCGAGUUUGUGAAGAAGCAUGCUGCAUCAUCCUGA